GUCCCUGUGAGACACAGACAAUAUUCAGCUAUUGGAAGAAUCAUUAGUGAGUCUCUGUCCUUUCUCGUGCCUUGCAAUGCGACUCAUUCAAAGUCAUGACUAGGCGUCGCGCGCUUCCUGCUCAGCAGCAAGGUGAACAGCGUGACUCCACGUGUGCGUCUGCACUGUUCAUCCAUGCCACGAACGGAUGCCCAUGUGCUUUUACGGGCACAAUGAAUGAAAGAACAACAAAAAAAGGUCGCCAUAGAGGCUGGGUGAAGGAAGGAAGGAAGGAAGGAAAGAGGAAACAGGAAACAAGCCGAGAUGAUGCACCACAAACCGUCUACGUACUUUGCUUCUGAAUGACUUCGUGAAGAUGCCAGUAGUGACACGAAUCCUUUGUGUACGAGUCACCGAGGGGUUCACCGGAUCGACUCGACUCUCUUUAUACUAUCCGGAUGGGCAACUCUCGUAGAGUUUAGCUGGAUUACAUUUACACCCGUCCUUAAAAUGCGUCUCCGGCGUGCCCCGCUAUCAAAGUAGGAUUGGAUUACAGCGCGCCUUGGCUGCGUUUACGCCUGGCUUUUUAAUUCCACAAAUAAUAGCUGAUGUGUAGGUUUCACAUUUCAGCGUAACAAUCAGGUCAUACGUUUUAUACGACGAUCAAAUUACGCGCAUCUGCGCUGUAAAUUCCACGAUUCUUACUCGCUUAUUUUCUACUAAAUUCCUCAGGUGAAAAUUCAGUUCUGAAGUUAACGCUGUUUUAUACCACAAGACGGAACUAAAGUAUUCUUCCAGUUUCGCAUUCCACACGAUCCAGCCUUUGAAACGCUCUGUUUCAGUUCCAGAUUUAAAAACCUUCACGCAAGACACGAGUAGAAAGCAGAGACGCGCUGACAUUCUUACCGGGACGCUUAGGUAGCCUGCGCUGUAAUCGGAUCGGAUUUAGGAGUUCAAAAACAUGUCCGGUGAAGAGUCGAGGCUAGUCUACGUUAUAACUGGAGGAUGCGGUUUUCUGGGGCAGCACCUGCUGCGUGUUCUGCUGGAGAAAGAAGACCAAAUCAAGGAGAUAAGACUAUUUGACAAGCAUAUUGAUUCAGAUCUGCACAGCUACACCACCGAGCACAUCAAGGUGGUGCUCACCCAGGGGGAUAUAACAGACUACCAGAGCGUUCUGGAAGCCUGCCGAGGGGCGGACUUGGUUGUCCAUGCUGCCAGUCUCGUGGACGUGUGGUACAGAGUCCCGGAGAGGACCAUCUACGCCGUCAAUGUGGAAGGAACAAAGAAUGUCCUGAGUGCCUGUGUUGAGCUUGGAAUUCAGCACUUGAUCUACACAAGCAGCAUGGAGGUGGUUGGGCCCAACGUGAAAGGCGACACAUUUAUCAGGGGUGAUGAGGACACGCCAUAUAACGUUAUCCAUGAAAUGCCGUACCCCAGGAGCAAAGCUGCAGCAGAGAAUCUAGUGCUGCAGGCGAAUGGAACAAAGAUAAAAGGAGGCGGGACUCUGUAUACAUGUGCCCUGCGACCCACAGGUAUCUAUGGGGAGAACCACCAGUUGAUGAAGGAAUUUUACCAGAUGGGGGUUCGCACUGGGGGGUGGCUAAUGAGAGGAGUGCCCAGAGACACAGAGCAUGGACGCGUGUAUGCAGGCAAUGUUGCAUGGAUGCAUCUGUUGGCAGCCCGUGCGCUUCGUCGGCAUCCAGAGCGGCUUGGAGGCGAGGUCUACUUCUGCUACGACGACUCGCCAUACAAGAGCUAUGAGGACUUCAACAUGCAGUUCCUGUCUGCCUUCAACUUCCGGGUCGUGCAAAUGCCUUUCUGCGUGCUGUGGUUCAUCGCUUGUCUGAACGACCUGCUGCACUGGCUGCUGCAGCCCCUGUGCAAGUUCACACCGCUGCUGAACCGCUACACGCUGGCCGUGGCCCGCACGUCGUUCACCGUGCACUCCGACAAGGCCCAGCGCCACUUCCAAUACCGCCCGCUGUACAGCUGGGAGCAGUGUCACGCCCGCACCCAGAGCUGGGUGGACACCUUCCCACAUGACACCUCAGCCAAGGACAUGUGAGGCUGGUGAGCCGGGCCCUUGGCCCAGGGACUGGGUGGGAGGGAGCUGGGUACAGAUGGCACUAGGAGGGGUUUUAGCAUGACUAGUGGUUUGUGAAUGAAAAUCCUGCUUUGAUGUGUUUGUUUUGAUAUACAUUUUUCUCAUUCCAAGCAGACAUUACAGUUUUUUCUGGUGCUACCACAUGUUUAAGAGCUGGCUAUGCACAAGACGCAACAACGAGGGUAUAGCACAACUAUACAGUGUUAGUUGUUUGAAGAAUAUGGACACCUCAGUAACCUUAAUAAUUCAAUAAGAGAACAUAUAUAUUAGUUAUUGUAUGCAUGAAUUUGUCAUUUGUAUUACUUUUUAAUUCUUUUUUUUGUUUUCAUAGGUAUUCAGUAUUGUGUGUGUGUGUGUG